CACCAGCCAUGGCUAUGAGUGUCUCAUCUCUCUAUGUUCUAACCUUAAUUUCCCUUUUGUUCUACCCCUUUAUUGAAGCCAUAGACUUCAGCUAUCCUGCAAUCUUCAACUUUGGGGACUCAAAUUCAGACACUGGUGGUUUGGCUGCAGGGCUUGCCUUUCAUGUGGACUCCCCUAAUGGCCAAACAUAUUUCCUCAAGCCGGCCGGCCGGCUAUGCGAUGGCCGUUUAAUCGUCGAUUUCCUUAUGGAGGCAAUGGAUCUUCCAUUUCUCAAUCCAUACCUGGAUUCUGUUGGCUUGCCAAGUUUCCUAAGGGGUUGUAAUUUUGCAACUGGAGGAUCUACCAUACUUGCAGCAAAUGCAGCAUCUAUUAGCCCAUUUUCCUUCAGGAUUCAAGUGGCUCAGUUCCUCCAUUUCAAAGCUAGGGUUCUUGAAUUGCUAGCUAAAGGUGAAAAUUUUGAUAAGUUCCUCCCUCAAGAAGAUUAUUUCAAGCAAGGGCUCUACAUGUUUGACAUAGGCCAAAAUGAUCUUGAUGGAGCAUUUUCUUCUAGUUCUGAGGACCAAGUACUUGCUCUGAUUCCAACUAUAUUAUCAGAAUUCGAAACAGGAAUUAAGAAAUUAUAUGACCAAGGUGCAAGGUGGUUUUGGAUUCAUAACAUAGGUCCCCUUGGAUGUUUGCCUAGAAUUAUUGCUACAUUUGGGAAAGACCCAUCAAAGUUUGAUGAGAACGGAUGCGUCGAUUCACAUAACCAAGUUGCUAAGAUUUUCAAUUUGCAGCUACAAGCACUCUGCAAAAAGUUGCAGGGACAAUUUGCAGAUGCAAAUGUCACUUAUGUUGAUAUUUUCUCAAUAAAACACAAUCUUAUCUCUAAUUUCUCGGAAUAUGGAUUUGAACACUCCAUAACAGCUUGUUGUGGAUAUGGAGGGCCUCCAUUGAACUACGACAGUCGGAUCUUGUGUGGGCAAACAAGAAACUUAAAUGGGAGCACAGUGACAGUGAGACCUUGCAAUGACACUACAGAAUAUGUGAAUUGGGAUGGGAACCAUUAUACUGAAGCUGCAAAUCUUCAUGUUUCAUCACAGAUUCUCACUGGAAAAUAUAUGGAUCCACCACCUCUUUCAAACCAUAUGCCAUUCCUCUUCUUUAAGUUCAAGUUCUAAGAGUGAAUUAUGGUUAUGGCUUCAUUG